UCCUGACAUAAUCAUGUCACUCACAGGGCGGGUGGGGAGGAAGCCGGGGAAUUAUCGGUAGUAAUUUCGGGCAAGGGUUUGUGUAGGGGGAGUGCGGUGGAAAUUGGCCUCUCUAUUGACGUCGGACGUGGGCUGCAGUCCAUUCCCGAGUUUCGCUUCCUCUUCCCGGCGCAGUUUAAAGCGGUCCCGCAUCCUGGCUGGUUCAGUCUCCGCUGACCCGCUGCGAAGGAUGGUCCGGUACUGCGCACCGGGAGCUAGUGUGAAGAGCUGUAGCAGACUGGGGCAAAGCAGUGGCCGUGAUACCAUCUCGGGUCUGUGUGUCCACAGCGGAUGAGCAGUUUCCGUUUUUGGGUCCCAGCCCGUUUCUGCAAGCAGAUCAGAAUUUCGAUCUGAACAUAUUGAAUGAAUUUAUCUUGAAGGACCUUGAGGAGCGGGAAUUUCCAACCACACAACCCUGUGAUUUUAGUAACGUGCAAAUUGGAGAAAUUAGGAACCAGCUAAUGGACCAGGUAACUCCAUGGGGUUGCUCCUCCGCAGAACUGCCUCCAAUGGGGAUGGAUGGCCCCCAGCUGGUUCCCAGGGGCACGGGGUCCCCCCGGCUGGUUCCCAGGGGCCCGGGAUCCUCCCAGCUGGUCAGCAGGGGCACGGGGAACCCCCAGCCGGCGACCAGGAGUGCCCCCAGUUCGUCCGAGGCCAAGCCCAGAGUGGCGGGGCGGGUGACCAGGAGCUCGUCUUCGUCUCGCCUCCCUCCCAGGUGCCUGCCCGUCCCGGGCCUAGGGGGCUUUCCUGAGGGAGAGGCUCCCAAGCUGGUCAUCAUGGAGCAGCCGAAACAGCGCGGGAUGAGGUUCCGCUACGAGUGUGAGGGGCGAUCGGCCGGGAGCAUCCCCGGAGAGAGCACGACGGAACUCAACAAGACCCUUCCCACCGUCCAGAUCCAGAAUUGGCAAGGUGAGGUCAAGGUGAUCAUCUCCCUGGUAACCAAGGAUGAGCCAUACAAGCCCCACCCACACAGCCUGGUGGGGAAGGACUGUCAGAACGGCAUCUGUGAAGUGACCGUCAGCCCCAAGUGCAACAUGAAAGCCAGCUUCGCUAACCUCGGCAUUCAGUGUGUGAAGAAAAAAGAAAUUACAAAAGCCAUCGAGCACCGAUUGAAACUUGGGAUCGACCCUUUCAACGCGGGCGAGUCGCUGAACUACCUGGAGGACAUUGACAUGAACGUGGUCCGCCUGUGUUUCCAGGCCUUCAUCCCAGAGCCACGCUAUGCCCUGACGCCCGUCCUCUCUGAGCCCAUUUACGACAAAAAAGCCACCAACACCUCCGAGCUAAGGAUCUGCCGCUUGAACAAAGACAGUGGGGUGUGCACAGGAGGAGAGGAACUGUUCCUUCUCUGUGACAAGGUGCAGAAAGAGGACAUUGCGGUCGUCUUCUCCGCAAACAACUGGGAAGCGAGGGGCGUCUUCUCCCAAACUGAUGUUCACCGGCAAAUAGCCAUUGUCUUCAAAACCCCGCCAUACUGCGACAUUGACAUCCAGCAGCCCGUUCAUGUGAAUCUCCGUCUCUUCCGUCCCUCCGACAGGGAGUACAGCGAUCCCUUUGAGUUCCGCUACAUCCCCAAAGAAAUCGAUUACUACGGCAUUCAAUGCAAGUGGAAAAGAAAGAUUAAGUUCCCACCAAUCAGCACUUUCAUGGGUGCUAAUGUGACGUUGGCCGACACAGCGACAGGGCUGAAAAAUUCAGUGAAGUAUCGAGCAGAGGAAGAUGAGAAACUUCCAGACUUGACCCAACUGAGCAAAGAUUGGGACUACCUUAACCAGGGGUUUCAUCCCUUCUGUUCUGACCUUUCGGGAGUGGAGUCGGCUAAUGAGAUGUACGGUGUGGGCUGCAAGAAAGAAGAGCCCCUAGACUGGACUAAUAACCAUUUCCAGAACCAAGUAGGGGAGGUUCUGCACCACAGAGAGGAUGAGAUGUAUCAUCCUGCCUUUGGUAACAGCAGAGUGCAAGUUGACCUGGAUAUGGCCACCUCCGCUAACGUGGGCUACCUGAACGACUACAGGUUUGAGGAGUUUGCAAAUGAUGAUGCACUGCCCAGUGUCCUGGCCAGCAGCAUAACCAUGCCAGGUGACCAAGCGGGCACCAAGGGGUGAGAGCUAUCCCCCUUGGAUGAAUGGAUCAUUGGGUGGGGAUGGGGCUAGAGGGUGUUUUAGUUGGCUUUGGAGCCGGGGGGAGGGUGCAAGGGGGAGACUCUUGAUCUGCUCCCAUUCUUAACGUGACUGUGCUUCUACCUGCCCUCUCUGUUGUACAGAGUUUGAUUCCACUCCCUUUCAGGGUCAGCAGGUCGAUCUUUGGCCUAACAAACCCUGUGAAUGUGCAAGUAACUAGGGAGUUUUUAUUUUUUUGUUCUCUGCGCGCACGCACACCCCUCUCCCCUGCUCCUCCUGAGGAUACAUAAACUCAAACAGCAAAGGGGAGAAACAUUUCAACUGCAAUGUCUUGGUAAUUUGACUGACCAGACUCUGCAACAUCGGCUUCUAAAAACUAAAGGUUAGUGGUCAGAAGGUAAAGGGCCUGUUUGCAACAGAAAGAAUUGUAGCAUCUGUGGUGUCAAUGGAAGCCCCAUGGAUUAGCAUAGCCAACCUGAGACAGGUGGGAACAUUAUCUAAGGGGUUCAUCCAGCCACCCUUUUCCCAAAUAUUUUGCUGAGAUUGUCCCCUUGUAGAAGAAUACUCAAAAACUGAGAGGCAUUUGAUAGAUUUGUGGUCUGGACAUUGGCCUGAGAACAUCUAGAUAUUAAAGCUUCGACACACAUUGCAUCACACGUUCAGGUAAAGUGUGGGUUUUGAUCCUGUGUUGCAAAUUUCUCUACUCGCUUUUGUUUUAACUCAAGAAUGUAACUUUUCUAACUAAAGUUUUUAACUUUUUCUAAAAGAAUUUGUACUUUUCACCCCAAUUGUAUUGUCCAGGAAUGUUUACAUGCACAAAGUUUAAUUGUGUGGCUAUGGCAGAUUAUAUUGGGAUCGCUGUCUCCUGGGUAUUGAACUGAGAGGCAGCUGUAAUGUGCUUGUUGUUCAGGGUGUCCCUGAAAUGUUAUUUUUGCUGUUUGCUGUGCCUCUGUGUCACUUUCUUGAUUAUCAACUUCCAAGUUGAGCCAACCUGGGAAACUCCCUUGUUUUUCCAACUUUAUCAUGAAGUUUCUGUUUCUUCGGCCUGAAUUCUAGUCAAUCUUGCAUCCUACCCAUUGUCCAAAUUCUUCCCAGCUGUAUUGCAUCCACUUUCGAGGUGACCCAUAAACAGACGCGCACCAUAGUAGCCUGUUGGCAGCUGAAGGCACCACAUCCUUUGGCCACUCAAUCACAAUGAGGCCUUGAAUUUUCCCCACCUCGUAACAGACCUGGGGUGUGAGCCCUGUUACUACACCAUCUUAACUCUGCUGCUUUUGUAGCUGACCCUUAUUGUUAGAUGUGGAGAUGAGUUAUGAGGAACAAUUAAUACUUUGGACUUUGAUAGCUGAAUUGGCUUUUGCCAUCUCUUUAUAGAUUAGAUGAACACAACUGAGAGGGUAACACUGCUUUCAAUCUAAGCUGCAGCAAUAGUGUAUGGUGCUCUGAGCUUGAACUUUUUAAACUAAUUGUCUUCAGAAAGUGAUCAACACAAUGGACUCUCCUCUGGUGCACUUGAGGGGAAAAGCCUGGAGCUAAUUAAGAUGUUGAGAUCAAGGUAUUGUACGUUUCUCCUGAAAGACUAGUGAUAGCUGCCUUCUCUAUCUCUAAGAGAAUUAUACAGCACAGAAACAGGCCCUUUGGUCCAACUGGUCCAUGCCAACCAAGAUGUCCCAUCCAAGCUAGUCCCAUUUGCCAGCAUUUGGCCCAUAUCCCUCCAAACCUUUCCUAUCCAUGUACCUGUCCAACUGCCUUUUUAAAAGUUCUUAUUGUACCCGCCUCAACCACUUACCCUGGCAGCUCGUUCCACAUACACACCACCCUUUGUGGUUUUAACAAAAUAACUUGCCUCUAAAGUUCCUAUUAAAUGCUUCCUCUCUCAUCUUAAACCUGUGCCCUCUAGUUCUUGAUUCCCCACCCCUGGGAAAAGGCUAUGUGCAUUCACCUUAUCUAUGCCCCUCAUAAUUUUAUACACUUCUAUUCCUUGGAGUGUAGGAGACUGAGAGGUGAUCUUAAAGUCUGAGCCUGUCCAACCUCUCCCUGUAACUCAGUUCUACAGACAGUUCAAUGGUGUUGUGUGUGGUAACUCAAAGUGGCAAGGGAUGUGUGUAGAGUGACCAUUUGAGUUUGAAACCAAUAUUAAUGCAGGGGCUGUAACAGAAUGGUGCCUGCUUUCUAGAUGAUACUGGAAUAAGAAACCGGUGCUUAUAGAGUUAAUUGUAAAGAGCUGGGGAGAGUUUCCUCUGCUUUUCCCUGUUCUGGAAGUGUUUGUUUCCUCGGGCCAUCCCAGGUGGCCAUUCUUUCUACCAGCUUUAAGCUGGGCCUCACAAGUUAACCGCAGACCUGUCAUCGCUGACCCUGUGGGCACUUGCUUCGUCGGAGGUGGUGGUGGAAGGGAAACGGUGGAACAUUUAGUGGCGUUCUGAAUAAACAGCCCUUAAUCCCCAGGACCCAACAGGAACUGGCGUGCUAGUUCCUGGAAACCAGGCCCCAAACCAAGCCUGGGUCUUUCCCAGUCAGCUGCCCACUACUUUAAGUCUGUCCACUCCCUGUCUGUGUAUCCUGCUUUGGCCCUUUCAUCUCUCUCAGAUCGUCAUUCGAAUUCUAGUCUGCUCAUCGUCGCCAAUGUUAAUCCCUCCACCAUUGGCAGUGUGCUUUCGGCUGCCUCGGCCCUGGGAUCUGCACUCCCCACCCAAAACCACAGCCCCUCUCUCUUCCUUUUAAGACUGCAACUGACCUCUUGACCACCUGCCUCUGUCUUCCUGCGUGACUGGGUGUCAAGUCUUGCUCUAUGACACUGUGCGGUUUAUAAGAAGCGGCAAAGGAUAUUAACCUGUGAAUUUAACCGAUUGGACUGUUGGAUGGUAUUAAAGUCUGGAUUUCUUAAUCCAAAGUGGGCAGGUCUGAGCAGCAGGGGGCUCACAAUUUAGAGGUGCUGUAAAUAAUUAGUCAGUGUAGCAAAUUUGGCAGCAAGUCUCAAUUAUGAAGACAUUCUUUGUAUAUAAAUGUAUGUACUGUAAAUAAAUUAACUUACUUCUGAUUUGUAAUGUAGGAAGCAACAGCUGCCCAUAAUUUCUUUUUUUGGCACCUUGUGAACAUUUACAAAAAAAAAUAAAUGACUAAUUCUUUACUCCUGAAGGUGUAUUGAGUCUUAAUUCCAGAAUGAGGCCAUUCAGCCUGUUGAGUGUAUGCUGGCUCUUUCAUACAUAGAACAGUACAGCACAAUAUAGGCCCUCCUGCCCAAAAUGUUGUGCCGACCUUUAAA